AUGCCUAAAGCACCAAAGGGAAAAAGUGAAGGCCGAGAAAAAAAAGUCAUCCAUCCCUAUAGUAGAAAAGCAGCUCAAAUUACGAGAGAGGCCCACAAACAAGAAAAAAAGGAAAAGUUGAAAAAUGAAAAGGCAUUGCGUCUCAAUCUUAUUGGUGAAAAGCUGCAGUGGUUUCAAAAUCAUCUGGAUCCCCAAAAAAGAGGAUAUUCAAAGAAAGAUGCUUGUGAAUUAAUUGAAAGGUAUUUAAAUCGAUUCAGCAGUGAGCUGGAGCAGAUUGAAUUACAUAACAGCAUCAAAGACAGGCAGGGGAGGCGACACUGUUCCCGGGAGACAGUCAUCAAACAGACAAUGGAGCGGGAGCGGCAGCAGUACGAAGGCUAUGGCCUAGAGAUCCCAGAUAUUCUAAAUGGAGGUAAUCUGAAAACCUUUAGGGAAUGGGAUUUUGAUCUGAAGAAAUUGCCAAACAUUAAAAUGAGGAAAAUGUGUGCUGAUGAUGCAGUUCCCAAGAAGCACAAGAAGAAGACUACCACUCCAGUGGACAGGGAUCUGGGGGAGCUACAGCUGAAGGAGGAAUCAAGUGACUCCGAUGAGGAAAUGACUGCCGUGGCCUAG